AUGUUUACGAAUUCUCAAUCAUCGGUUGUCACCAUUUUCGCAUACGGGACGCUUCUUCCAAUUCCUUAUUCAAGAAUCUUUAAGGCCUCAAUCGUAUAUUCUCAUAAAUUGAUACCAAAGCUGAUGCCAGAAGCUACCGAAAGGACUGAAUUUGUCAAAGGUAAUGGAGAUGUUGGAAGCAAUAAAUCAGUUAAAAUGGCCAUCACAUCCUUCACUGAUGAGUACACUUCUCCUGUUCCUCCAUCAAGAAUCUUUAAGGCCUCAAUUGUUGAUUCUCACAAUUUGAUGCCAAAGCUGAUGCCACAAGCUAUAAGAAAAAAACUAGAAAAAAUAACUUAUGAGGUGAAGUUCGAGCAGUCACCUGAUGGUGGUUCCAUCUCUAAGGUGACGAGCACGUACUAUACAGAGGGCGAUUUCAAGCUGAAGGAAGAAGAAAUCAAAGCAGGCAAGGAAAAAGUAUUGGGAAUGUACAAAGCAGUGGAAGCCUAUCUCCUUCAGAAUCCUGAUGCAUAUGCUUAGUCAUUUUCUGAGAAAUGUUAUCUUAUUUCUUAUUUUGUUGUGCUCAAGUUGUUUUCUGUGUUUGUGUGGAAAUAAUUUCCUCUGGUUUGUCAAUAAAUGUUUUUUAAGUUUGCUUUUUCUACUUGCUGUCUGGUGCUCAGAUCUUUGAUCAAUAAAUGACCAACUUAAACUUUUCUUUU